AUUCCGUCCCUAAAGAGAUUGCAACGUUAAACAUUAAAUUAAUCCAAAUAUCGCUAUCAGAAUUCCUAUACCUUUGAAAAAUUGUUGCGAUAAAUUUUGAAAUCAACAAUAAAGCUACAGGUGCUGUGUGCCUAAUAGAAAUUUAGAUUAUUUUUUUCUGAAUAAAAAAAGAGGUUAAAUAUUCAUCAAUAUAACCAGGUUAGCCUAAUAGUUGACCUGGUCAAGGAAGAUAGGCCAUAAUCCUCCGCGCUGGCCCAAAACGGACUCGCAAUACGAGUAUUAAUCUCUUUGGAUUACCUAUCAACCCUUAUUUGUUUUAAUAUUACCAUCCAUACUCCCACGAAUUUGCUAACGUAAAUUAAAGCCUAUGUUACCCGCAUAGGAUAACUUUUCGUAAGUGAAAAAAAAAACGAAAUUGGCCUACUAGUUUCGGAGCCUAUUCAAAUGCAAACUCAGAACUAAUGACGUAUUUCAUCGCUAUAAUAUUAGUUUGGUUGUAUAAAAGAAAUGUGUAAUUUACCCAAAAAGUAUUAUACCAAAAACUUUUCUAAAUAAAAGCAUAACAGGAAAGUUUUUAAUCCAAAAAUAUUACAUACUAGGAACCCUUUUAGUGGGAUAACACGUAUGCCAAAUUUCAACCAAAUCCAUUCCGUAAUUUUUGUAUGAAGAGUAACAAACAUUAUAUAUCCCCUCAAACUUUCGCAUUUAUAAUAUUAGUAAGACUAUUACCUAUCCUUACACAGUUAGAAAUUAAUUUUAAUUUUCCUUAAGAAGGAUGGAAAAACAGCAAUUGUUCAUUCGUUAAGAAAAGCAACUCAGCUUUUAUUUUUCUUUCCAUUAACAUUGAGUACAUAAAUAUUAGGCUUCAAUUUCAUGUGUUUUUUUUACAACUCCGGAUACAUUUUGGACGGAAUAUAAUCAUAAUAGAAUAAAAGCUUCGUUAAAUAUGUAUCGAUAUGUUAUUUUACGUUUUUCGUUAGAAGCUUAUUAUAUGCCUCAGUUAUUUCGUAUGUAUAAUGAAAAGUUAUAGAAGCGUUUUUCGUUAUCAUAGCAACACUAGUGACUUUCUUCUACAUAUAUUACAUAGGUUAUUUUAUAUCUACAAACACUGAGCGUGCCAGACGUGCGGGCAAAGAAAACUAUAAUAUUCGUCACUAUAAUUUCUAAUAACUUUUUUUACAUCUAAAGUAACAUGACCACAAGAGUAGCUCAGACGGCACCAGACACUCACAGACGCCAACAGUCACCCGCAGAUACCCACAGAUCCUCACAGACACCCACAGACGGCAACAGAUGGCCACAGACCCCAACAGACACCUACAGAUACCCACAGACGCUUACAGACACCCACAGAUGUCAACAGAUACUAACAGACACCCACAGAUUAGGACUACGCGCUGUUUGUCAGCGCGGCCGAGUAGUGUCUGUGCCAUAUUUGGCAUUCGCGAUGUCUGUAGAUAUAAACAAACCUAUACUGUGGGAAGAAUUCAACCACAUUUGCAAAAACAACAAGAAAUAAUUUGAUAUCUAAAUCACUCUUGCUUGCCUAUCUAAAUUAUCUAAAUCACACUACAUGCCUUACAAUAUCUUGACUACAUUAUAGAUAAUCUUAUCAUUAAAUUAGUUGUGCUCGCGACUUCGUCCGAGUGAACAGCCAGACAGAAUUACUUCUUAUUAUAUAAGCUAUCUGCCAGUGAAAGUCCCAUCAAAAUCCGUCCAGCCGUUUCAAAGAUUAGCCGGAACAACGUGAUGACAGACAAGAC